AUGGAUCUUGCUUUUCAUUCCAUCAGGGUGUCUAGCCACCCUCCACAUCAAUCUCCAGAAGGAGAUAGUGGGAGAGAUGGUUUAGUCGCCGUCAACCCGAGCCUGAAACAGGUCUAUCCGAGUGUGUCUCGUUCCUUGUCCAAAAGUGAAUUCAUCCAUCUGGCUUGCUCAUCGGUUGGUCGCGGGUCCAAAGAGGAGUACGGCCUGAUGUUUGACAGCGCGGUUGCCAGUGAGGGGCAUCUCGGUCUCUUCCCUCACAGCGAUGCUGUGAAGGAAGAGGCUCAAGUGGACUGGGGAGCGCUGUGCUCUUUUCUCCUGGAAGAGCUGUCUGAAAGGCUGAAGCACAACAGAGUGAAAUGCGUGCAUUGCUGGAAGCCUCCACGCUGUCUGACCUGUCCGCAUCGAGACCCAAUCCAAAAGGUGUUAUACCUGCCGAGUUGGGGUCAGUACAUGACCGUGAGUAAAGGAGGAUCUGUUGGGAUGCGAGACUGCAGUGACUUGUCGCUUGUGAGCACCUUAAGACUGCAAAACAGCACAGUCCGACCCAGAGACAUGUGGGUGACAGAUGUGGCGCUGCUGCAAAAUUUACACAAGAUAGCUGUGUCAUUUACAAGUAACGAAGUGGGUUUUUAUGACAUAGCUUUUAAAAAGGACAUCAGUUGCAAAUAUAAAGUCCAGGGUUUAACAUUCACUCCAUGGUGCCUGGACUACUGGGCUGAUCCCUCCAAACCAGAUGAUGCUAUUCUGGCUAUAGGCGAUAUCGGAGGACAGGUCAGUGCUUUAUGUUUCACAUCAGCCCAGCUCUUUUUGUUUGAGCGACGUAGCCAGUGGACAGAUUCUGAUUCCGCCAUCAUCAUCCAAUGGGAUGAUGUUAUUAAAGGAAAACAUCACUGCUGUUACAUUCUUCAACACCAUGCGCACAAACCAGCUUGGGUGAGGAAAGUACUUUACCUGGAUUCGCUGGAUGCCUUUGUGUCAUGCAGCACUAAACCAAAAAGCAGCAUGGUGAUUGGCUGGAGGCAGAAGAACAACAAAAGCCUACGGGUGACCUCUUUCCUUACAAGGAGCGGGGUGUGGGACAUCGACCAUCACCACGAACUUAAGAUAAUUGCCACUGCAGGUGCAGAUCAUCAGAUUUUGUUGUGGAACUCUUUCGUGACCUCCCAGCCAGUGUAUGCACUCAAUGGCCACAUUGCCCCAGUUACCGCUGUUCGCUUUCUGCAGAAGAAAAACCAGCUGCUUAGCUACUCCAAAGAUAAGGCUCUGUAUUUAUGGGAUGUUUCAAGUCAGCUCUGUAUUCACCGUCUGGGUGGCGUUUUCCCAGCGACCCAGGGUGACACGCACACACACCUGCUCCUGAUCGAAGAGCGCCAACUCCUGCUGCUUACCUUCAAUAGCCUGCUUGUCUUGUUGGAGAACACCAAGGAGGAGGCGAGGACCAGCAGUCACGAGCACCCUGUCACCUGUGUGCUUUACAACAGUCUUUUCAGACAUGUAAUAAGCAGCGACACAGGCUCCUCUGUGAUCUGCUGGAUGGCUGACACGGGCCAAAAGGUUAAGCAAAUCCAUCGUUGCCAUGGCAAUGCUGAGAUUUCCACUAUGGCUCUGAAUGAAACGCAAAACCGGCUGUUCACUGCGGGCACUGAUGGAGAGGUUAAAGUGUGGGACUUCAAUGGCCGCUGCCUCCAUCGAAUGAGUGUUGCCCUGGGCAAGGCUGUGGCCAUCACACACAUUCUGCUAUUGAGAACAGGCCUACUGGUGAUGGGUUGGGAGAGGAUGUUGACAGUAUUUCGCCGAAAUUCCUUCACCAAGUCUGAUGUUGAGCCAUCAGAGUGGGAGGGUGCUGUUCAUCAUCGCACUGAUGUGCUCUGUGCUGCCUUCCAACCUCCACAGACUCUAGUCACAGGAAGCCGCGAUGGAGAGAUUAUAGUGUGGAACAACAACACGGAAAAAGCUCUGAGGAAAUUGCAGCUGCCGGCUAAACAUGAAGAAUUCAGUGGCACUGACUUGUUGUCGUGUGGCAAUUCCGGGAUGGUCAGGCUCUGGAACACAGUCUACGGCCGUCUCCUGGGACAGUUCAUGGCUCACGAUCCACAACUGGGUUCUAUUGUCAUGACUGUUUGCCCCUAUGGAAAACUUUUAGUCACAGCAGAUAGGCGAGGCACAGUCAAGACGUGGGACAUAGAGCAUUACUGCCUGGAGUCAAAUGAGAAAGUGGUGACUGAACCUCCAGAAUUGGUGCACAGUUUCCACCCACACAUGAAUGGAGUCACUCACCUGGAUACGAUCAUCCUUGGCGAUCAGCAGCUUCUUCUGUCGGCAUCUUUAGACUGUAGUGUGGCUCUGAGCUAUCUACCAGGAGAAACAAUAGGCUUGUUUGGACAGGGGGAGCAGUGGAGCAUCGUGAGGCCUGGAUGUGUUCACUCACAGCGGGACAUCUAUGAUGAUAGACACCCUGACAACACAGCAGAGCGUGAGGAGGGUGAAACAGACAAGAAACAGGAUUGUGCAAAAGAGCACAGCAGAUUUCAUCCAUUCAUCAGUCUGUCCAUCCUCUCUCGCUUAGCCGAGGUCAGGUCGCAGGGGCAUCAGCUUUAUCAGGGAAGCCCAGACCUCCACAUCCCCAGCAAAUUCAACAAUCCAACGACAAGCCCAGAUCUCACUGUCAUUGCUCACGUGAGCAUUGAAGUUCCCCAGCCAAACGAGGAAGUCCCCAGAAGAAGCCCUUACCAGCACUCACUCCAAGGAAAAAAGGAAAAAGGGAACACCCAAAGCUUACAUUUGGAGACAGCAUCUCUGACACAGCAGAGCAACGAGCUGGAAGAGAAACUACGAAAGCUGAAAGAGAGUAUGAGGAAAGAGAAAGGCGAGAGGGGCGGCGGCGACGUCAUCUGUCCGUCUGGCAUCGAUCAGCUUACAUCACAGUGGGAGGGGUACAAGCCAGCUGGCAGAGGCGAGGAUCAGCUGACUGUUGGCUUCUCAAAAUAA